AUGGCUAACUCUUCGGCAACCGACCUAAAAAGCUCUGGGCAUACUGAUAUAGAAAGGCAGGUCACCUACGAGGCACCUGUCGUACGAGCUCCCGCUCCGAAGACGUUGGGUUCUGGAACAGCACUUCCAAUCGGGGUGUUUGCGACGACUCUGACGGCACUAUCGUUUAGUUUAAUGGAAUGGCGGGGAGUUACCACGAACAAUGUCUUCGUAGCCAAUUUCUUUUUUGCAGCCGCCUUUGGCAAGUUACUGGCGUGUAUUGCGUUUAUAGGCAUGGUGAUUACUGCUCAGUGGGAGCUCUCCGUGGGCAAUGGUUUCGCAUAUACAGUAUUUAGUGCCUUUGGUCUGUUCUACGCCGGUUACGGUGCGAUCUUAACUCCAUCCUUUGGAAUUGUGGCGGCAUAUGGCGAUAACGUAAAAGAACUCAACAAUGCUCUCGGGUUCUUCAUGAUCAGUCAGACGGUUUUCGCCUUGGUAUUCCUGGUAGCAUCAUUGCCGACAAACUUGGUAUACAUCAUCAUCUUCUUUACUGUGGAGCUGGGGUUCCUAUUGAUCGCUGCAUCCUAUUUCGCUGUAGCAGAUGGACAUGCCGGCGCCUCAACUGCUCUCAAAAAGGGUGGUGGGGUUUUCUGCUUUUUAUCCGGAUUGGCCGGAUGGUACCUGGAGUUCGCCCUGUUGCUAAAGGACUCGAUCGUCGAGCUACCACUUGGAGACACGUCAAGGUUCUUCGCGAAGAGCAGGAAGACGGAGUAA